AUGUGCAGGGCCUUGUCCCUGGCCACCACCGGCCUCACCCAAGCCCCCACCACCGCCGCCACCACCACUCCCCCUUCCGCCACCACUGCCGCCGCCACCGCCACUUCUCCCGGCACCACCACCGCCCCCACCACUACCUCCACCCCCACGACCACCGCCACUACCUCCACCGCCCCCACCGCCUCCACCACCGCCCCCUCCACCGCCACGUCUGCCACCCCUGCCACCCUUGCCUCCCCUGAAGCCGCUGCGCUUCCCACUCGGAGCGGAAGCAGCUGCGGCCUUCUCAGCACCAAGGAGGUCGACAGCAGCAGCUGCGGAGGCGUAGAAGGGGGUAAGAGGGGAGGGGGAGCACCCCUCAAAGAGGGGAGUGCGGGGAGUGCCACGAGCAGCACCUACAGCUAG